UGGAUUGAGCGGCUGCCGGAAAUCGAAAGAAUCAGGAUACCUCGGUAUCAUUUCGUGAAAGGGCAGGCGCCGGACUACAGUACUCUACAACUGCACGUAUUUGUAGAUGCUAGCUCGAACGCAUACGGCUGCGUUGCAUAUUUCCGGAUUUUGAUAGCUGGAAAACCGCACUGUUCACUUGUAAUGGCGAAGUCAAAGGUAGCUCCGUUAAAGCAACUGACGAUCCCGCGCCUAGAAUUACAAGGGGCGGUUCUGGGAUCAAGGCUGAUGAACACCAUUAUGGAAACUCAUUCACUGCCCAUUAAGCAGCGGUUUAUUUGGACGGACUCUAGAACUGUUCUUUCCUGGAUUCACUCCGAUCAGCGAAAAUAUAAACAAUUUGUCGCGUUUCGGAUUGGAGAGAUCCAUACCCUUUCAAAACAGGGCGAGUGGCGCUGGUUACCUACUAAGCACAACGUGGCAGAUGACGUUACUAAGUGGCAUGCGGGACGGCGAUUUGAAUCCGAUACUCCAUGGUUCCAGGGAGCAACAAUCUUAAAUCAGUUCGAAGAAACAUGGCAGCAGCAACCACAAGUAGUACCGAACGUGUUGGAGGAAAUUCGGGCCGUUCAUUUGUUUCAUGACGUUUUAGUCCUGAAGCAAAUCGUCGAUCCUCUCCGCUUCUCUUAAUGGAAGGUUCUAGUUCGGACUGUGGCAUGUGCAUAUCGUUUCAUUUAUAACUGUAAGCGAAAGGUUGCAAAGCUGAGUAUCGAAGCACUUCCAGUAACAGAAAAGGUGAAGAAACUCGCGAAAGUGCAUCACUCUGUUGUCGCAGUACCAUUAAAGCGUGAGGAAUACCAGAAGGCUGAAUCCUACCUAUGGCGAGUGGCCCAAGCAGAGGUGUACGAAGAGGAGGUGAAGAUGCUCAUGAAAAAUCAACAACUUACUCAUACAGACCAUUAUCGACUAGAGAAAGAUAGCCAACUUUACGACAAGUCUCCCUUCUUGGACGAUAGUAACGUAAUAAGAAUGGAGGGAAGGACAAAAAAUGCUCCAUUCGUUCCGUUUGAGUUACGCUGUCCAAUCAUUCUACCGAAGGGACAUCGCAUAACUACGUUGCUAGUGGAAUAUUUCCAUCAGAAAAUGGGUCACGCGAACACCGAAACGGUUGUAAAUGAGAUGCGACAGCGGUUCUGUAUAAAGCAUCUCAGAGCAGAGCUGAAGCGCGUAGUAAAACUAUGUGUACGUUGUAAGAUCAGGAAGAGCAGCCCAGUGAUCCCAAGAAUGGCACCACUUCCGGUUCAGCGUAUUACGCCCUACAAGCGGCCGUUCAGUUUUACAGGCAUCGACUAUUUCGGGCCAGUGCUAGUGACAGUAGGACGUCGAACGGAAAAACGUUGGAUCGCCUUGUUUACAUGCUUAACGACGAGGGCAGUGCAUCUUGAAGUCGCUCACAGUCUAACGACGCAAGCAUGCGUUAUGGCGAUAAGACGGUUUACCUGCCGGCGGGGAGUUCCACUAGAAAUCUUUUCAGACAAUGGUACAAAUUUUAAAGGUGCGAGUAAGGAGGUUGUGAAACGGAUAUAUGCAGAUUGCGACGAGACGUUCACCGAUGCUACUACUAGGUGGAAUUUCAAUCCACCCUCAGCACCCCAUAUGGGCGGGGCGUGGGAACGAUUGGUACGCUCGGUGAAGGCAGCUCUCAGUGAGCUAGAUGAUGGGCGGAAGUUGACGGAUGAAAUUCUUCUUACCACGUUGGCGGAAGCAGAAGAUCUCGUAAACUCGCGACCGUUGACGUAUAUCCCUAUAGAGUUAGGAGCGGAAGCAGCACUAACCCCAAAUCAUUUCCUGCGCUCUUCUGUGGCGGGUGAUGUAACACAAUCGGUUCGAAAAAGCGAUCAAGCUCAAGCGUUGCGUGACUCGUAUAAGCGAUCACAAUAUUUGGCAGACCAGAUUUGGAAGCGUUGGAUCUCGGAAUACUUGCCAACACUGAACCAGCGAAGCAAGUGGCAUGACGAAUCAGAUCCGGUUGAAGUAGGCGAUAUAGUGUACAUUGUGGACGAGAACAGUCGUAAAGGCUGGGUUCGUGGGAUCGUUACUACCGUCUUCAAGUCGAAGGAUGGCCGGAUUAGGCAGGCAUUGGUAAGAACAACAAAAGGUGAAAUGAAAAGACCGGUGGCUAAGUUGGCGGUGCUUGAAGUGAGAGAGCGUAAAUCUGGCGUUAAGGCGGAGCCAACACCAGUGUUACAGGGCGGGGCUAUGUAAGCACCGCAGGGCAUAUUGGGCAUACCUGUUGUAGCACUACCUUGGGCCAACGCUUAGUCGAUCGCUGGACAAAAACAUAGCUGUCAAAGGGUAGCAUAGAGAAGGAAGAAAAAAGGUAAACAAGAAAAAGUGAGUCGAGAGGAUUAAAGUUAUUUGCAAGUGAAAAUUACUAAUAAUUUCAGUGGAUUGAAACAGUUUAUUGGCAGUGCAUUAAAGUUACAUUGUAAGUAAACAAUUCGAAUGUAAUUGAAGAUCUAUCUAACUAUCGCGGCAAAUUAGGCCCUACAGGUGAAUUACAUUCAGCCGCGUGCAAUUCGUCAGUGCCUGAAAGGAAAUACCGUAGGAUUGGUGUAGAUUGAGCCCGUUAUCUGAGUCGGUGUCGUAAGUCGAGGAAGGUUGAGACAUCAGGAUUAAUUUGGAGAGAAACUAUUCAUGUAAGCUGAAUUCAUUUGUAUACCACUAUAAAUAGAUAUAACAAGAAUAAUAAUUACAGUUUUAAGCUGCGCGAAUACGGCUGCUAUAAAAAAGGUUUGUGAUUAAUCCGAACACUCGGAAUGUACCAUAUCCCGGAAUAUCGUUUCCCGGAAUGUACCAUUUCCCGGAAUGUAUCAUUUCCCAGAAAACUGGUUCCCGGAAAAACCAUUUCGCGGAAUACCAUUUCCCGGAAAAUAAAAAAAACUCGUACCUCACCUACCAAACAUAUUUUUAGAAGACCUGCUAUGCAGCUAAUUGUGUUCUAGGAGAUUUUACCUACUUUUGAACAUGAAAAGUUGCUUGAAAAGAUUUUUAAUUUUUUUUCUUGAGUGGUUAUUGUGGUAAAAAAAAGAUAGCGACAAAAUUGCAAAACUGUCAUUUUAAAGAUUUAAUCUUUUCGAUUCCGCGGUGUUAUGAAAAUUUAUUUAAAUUGAUCAUUAUAUGAACAGCUUACGAAUGACUUUUGGUUUUGAACCAAAAAGAAACUUGGGAAGAUUUAAAAAAAAUCGAGUGGGGAAUAGAAAGCACCCCAAUGGAUGGGAUAUCAAAGAGUUAAAUGGGUACCAAAAUAGUAACAAAUACUUUCUAAUUUUCCCACCGCAGGUAGUGAAGGGGUGAAUAAAUUAAUGACCUUCUAAUUCCUGACUAACAGGCCCUAUAUUUUGGCUGAUAUUUGUUCCAAAUUUUGCGGAUUCUGUUAAAAUAGUAUAUUUUCAACUAUUUUACUAUAUUGAAUCGAUUGCGUCGCGUGUUAAUCUUCAGUGAAAAGCAUAAUACACCACUGUAGAAUUUUUAAGAUUUGGAUUUUUUAUUGAAAUAAAAUGAUAUAACAGAAAAUGGAAGGCGAACAGAAUACCUAAUUGUAUAUAUUAUCAAUUCUGUCCUAUUGUUUUUAGGUAAACUCCAAGCGUACUAAAAACGCGUUUUUUUCAAAUCCACUUCAAACCAUGAGCUUUGAAUUAUUCACAGCAUACUCUAAAUUAUUUUCUCCAGUGACGUACGAAGGAUAUAAGUUAAUAAAUGAUGUCUGUAUCGAUUUUCUUAGCUAUUUUCGGUAAAUUUAAGACUAAGAGAAACGAAAGCAAUGAAAUUGAAAGACGGAUAGAUAUUCUGUAAAUGUUAGAGUGUUGAUUUUAAUUAUAUUUUCAGCAUUUCGCGUAAAAUAAAAAUAGCGAAAAAAAAUCCUACGUAAGUCACUUCCCGAUCAGAACAUCAUAACAGAAAGCUAUCAAAUUUAUAUCUCAUGUUGAUAUAUAUUACUCUCUGUGUUAUCUUUAUGAUAUACCGAUCAGGAAUGCAAGAAAGCUUAUAUCAAGAUUAUAUCUUCUGGUGCUAUCAUUGGAUUAAUAAUAUGAUAUUAAUGUACGCAUACAACGAUGAUGUUGCAGUAAGUUAUAUAUUCUUUCACAAUUAUCUUUGAACGCUAACGGUUAUACAAAUAACAGUAUAUUAUUUGCUUAUACACUGAAGUCUCUUUUUAUGCGUCGUAAUUCAACUUUUUGAAGCGAAUUUUCGAAGUUUUUGAUUUAUUUUGAUCUGGAUUUUUAAAAUUUCGCGUUUUGAGUAUAGUUUUAGAUGCAAUUGGUCGGAGAACUUGUCAGUGAGGGGUUUGAUUGACUUACUUGGUUGCAAUUGGAUUAAGAGAUGACAUUGCCUAUUUUCUGAGACACUCGUCUGACACAUAACUUCGAGUAGGAGGCGUAUGAUUUAAAUGUUAAAGCCAUUAUCAUUAAAAGCUUUGGAAUCGUGAAGUUAUCAAAGAACUUUUCUAAAGAUUAUAAUUUUCCCAUAAAACUUAUUUCGAAGAAUAUGCAGGAAGUAUCAAGCAGUCCAGAUGAAAUAAAGAAACGUGAAUUGAAAUCAAAAAGCAUUUUAAAACUAGUUUUUAUGGCUUAGUCUAAUGAGUAUAUAAUUAAUUUUCCUCUAAUCUAUGCUGCAUAUUGCGAAAACGAAUUUUCAGGUCACAAAAACCUAUCUGAUAUAUUAUACUGAUCUCCAAAAUUUUCGUAAUGUAUUUUGAGGAUCUUGAUAAGACUUUCAGCGCUUUUUUCUCCAAUUUAUGCAGGUUUUUAUGAACACUUAAACCUUAUCCAGUUUGUGGGUUUCUAGUUUGUGCGUUUUUUGAAUUCCUAAACUAUCGCGACUUUUUUAUUUUAUCCUCCGCAUAA